CGGUGUUCCAAUCAUUUAGAGAGUGAAAAGCUAAAAAUGAAAGAAAAAAAUAUUUACUGUUUUUUAUUAUGAAGGAAAUAAUUAAAUAGUAAUCUGUUAAAAUUUUAAUGGAAAUAAUUAAAUAUAACAUGUCAUCAUGGGGACAUAUAUUACAAAUGAUAUUUAUAAAGAUCUGAAAUUACUUAUAAAUUCCUUGACUGGUUUUGAGGAAAAAGGGCAAACAGCACGUCACUUUAAAUUAUGUGAAAAAUUCGUGCUGUCAAAUAUUAAAAACCACAAUUACUUACCAAUAAACAGUCAUAUUGUCAGAAGAUCAGUGAAUGAGCUAAAAGAAAAAUUUAUCGUUCACGGUAAUUACAAAGUUGCUGAAAGAUUUACGAGUUUAGUAGACUCUCUGCUUACUUCAUCAGCAUUCAACUUCGAUCAGCAUCCGCAGCAUGAUCUACAGUGGACAUUGCUGUCUUUACUGAUCGAGCUGUCCAAUGAGACAAGCAAGUCGAUUAUUUCCACCGGCGAUGACAGUAUCGAUGCAUUGGAUCUCGGCAGUGACGACGAGAGCGAUGACAACUUUGACAGUAGAACAGUCGACCUGAAUGACAGCAGAACAGAUGAAAUAAACUGGGAGGAGUAUCUCAAGGAAGGCCAACAAGAAUUCUUCAGUGACUUCAAAGACGCUCAAGAUAGUGAUGAAUUAUCAGUGUGGUCGGAAGAAGACGCAGAGUCAAAUGUAAAAAAUUCUUCCAAGCAAACUCUAACAGCGGGUUCGUCUCAAAGUACUUUUAAAAAAAAGUCCAACUCUAAUUGUCCAGCUGAAUUGUCUCUUAAGUCCCAAGCGAAGUCAAGGUCUCUAGAAAAAUUCACAAGGAUCGUCGAAUCUCAGAAGUGGCUGGAGUUCAAUGUCGAAAACACUUGGUGGAGCGAAAAAAAUUACCAGAAUGUCCAAGUACUCAGUGUGUUUCCCCAGGCGCAUUUCUGUGAAAUUUACGAGAGCUUUCGGCAGUCAAGUGAAGCUGGCAAAUCAGGAACUUCCUUAAUUUCAGAGUACCAAGCUUGCCGAGAAGUACUCUGGAUGCUUACCCACCAAGUAGUCACUUCCUCCGGAGACUAUGACAACAUUGGAGUAGUCUACGAAAAAACACUAGACGGAUUUAGCGUGAAUAAAAAUAUUUCCAUACCGAGCCUAACUCCCAAAGCCUUUCAAAGCGCGUUUGGUAGCUUUGUUGAAUAUUUUUCUAUGGUAGAGAAGCUUAAUUGUUUGUUGGAGAAUACUGAUGUCAAUACAAGCAACAUUAAAUCUUUAUUUCCGAUUACUUAUGAAAAUUACAGCACAUCUGUAAUGCAGUAUUUCAAUAGAUUAAAGGAAGAUAUUAUUGAUGUGGAAAAAAAAUCAAUGCAGCGUAAAUUUAAUCCCACGACAUUCCUGACUCUGUCUAAAGAUUUGGAACCUAUUAUUGGACAAUUAACUAUUCUCAGUGAUAUUCAUCAGUCGGUAUUGACUGAUGAGCUGUUGAAGAGUCAGACAAAUUGGGAAAAAAGCUACCGGUUGCUUUUGAAUUUAUAUCGUCAAAUUGAAAAUUCAUCCAGUCGUAGUCGUACUAAUCUUUGUGCUAGUCUCUACUUGUCGAGUUUGAAAAUUUAUUUAAAUAUUAUAGACACGUGGUUGACUGAAGGAAGACUGGAGGAUUUUCGUGAUGAAUUUUUGGUGUUUAAAAAAAAUUUUAGCAACAAUUUUGAGAGCACUAGUUCCGAAGGCGGAGAUAGAAUUAAAAUGGCAUCGUUCGCUAUAAGGCCGAUAGAAAAAGACGGGUUGGUAAUUGAUCCGAUUACUAAAAAAUUGUUGAGGAAAAUAGAAGAAAUGGGAAGAAAUAUUGAUCUGCUUGUUACGUUAAAUAGAAUUUCAGACAUGUGGAAAAUGAAUGCUGAGAUUUAUGACUCAACAAGAAUCCCGUUGAGUGAAGAAUUUAUUUCUUAUGUUAUUAUGGAGUUGAGUAAGUACGGAAAUGAUUCCAGUGAGAUUGAUCACAGUGAUCAACUGGAUGCUGCUAAUGUAGAUUAUGAAAUUGAUAGGAGUACAAAUGCCAGUGAUUUGUCAAAAGUUUUGGUGAAAGAAACAGAUACGGAUAAUUUGGAAAAUGGAUUGGACGCAGCGUGCUUGAUAAACCUUGAAGAGAAUAUUCGACAGCAAAUUCGGCAAAUAAAUAAUCCGUUUCUCAUGAAAGUCUUCCAAAAUUAUCUGCCCUCUCUGACGACACCCACACCGAGUUUUGUAAAUUUUCCACCAGCUGCUAGUAGUGUGGAUACUGUUGAUUUUAGAGAGAAAAAUUUAGAAGAUAGAGAAGUUAAAAAACAGUGGGGAGUGAUAAAUAUCUUUGAUAAAUUAGAAGGCAUGUCGGAAUUUAUACUCCCAUUUCGCAAAGCUUUAGAAAAAACCUUGGACACUAUACUGGAUCGUCGUUACUCGUGUGCUUCUAAAUUGGUAAAAAAUAUUCUUAUCGAUGAGUAUAAGCUUGAGAGGCAUUUAAAAUUAAUGCGGUCUAUUUAUAUGAUGGAGCGAGGCCAUGUUAUGAGGAAGUUUUAUCAACUUAUGUUCCAAGAAAUUGAGACCCGUAACUUGGCGUCGUAUCGCAUAAAUCCCUACGGGGACUUAACAAAUAUUUUGGAACAAGUUCUGUCGGAUGAAUGGAGAGACUCAAGUUCGCAAAAUCGUUGGUCAAUUACAAUAGUACCCUCAGAUGGAGGUAACACCACGCGACAAGUUAUUCAAGCCAUCGAAAAUACAACACUUGAUUAUUCUGUUGAUUGGCCGAUAAAUAUGGUCCUAGCUGAACCGGUGUUAGUCAAGUACAAUGAAAUAUUUAGAUUUCAAUUAAAAUUAAAAUGGGCUUUAUGGACCCUGAAUAAUUUGUUAUUUACAGAUCUUGAGGGAAGUUCUGAAGACAUGGAAGAUUUCUUCUUCCAUUUCAAUGCCAGAAGAUUAGAAUGCUUACGGUUUUGGCUGCUCCACGCGAUCGGAUCUAUUCACACUUAUCUAUCAGGUCAAGUUCUUCAAAGUUUAGGCCUCAUUUUGGAGAACUCAUUGGCACAAGCCAAAGAUCUUGAUACUAUCAUUCAGAUUCACAAUGAUUAUCUUGAUAAAGCUCAUGAGCAUUGUUUACAAACUCCACAAUUUGCUGAUAUCAUGACGACAAUAAAUAAUUUGCUGGAAAUGUGUGCUCACAUACGUGACCGUUGGAAGCGAGGUGUUAAGCACUUGAUGCCUCAAGAGUUGGAUGUGAUGGAGAAAAAAUACAUAAAGUUCCAUACUUAUUUAGCAUUGGCGCUCCACAACGCGGUACAGCACAAAGAAGCCGAUUACUUGGCCAGCUUAACAACUGCUUUUAAUUGCAGUAUACCACAAUACAGCAAUUAAUACCACCGACAUACAACUUUUUACAUCAUUAAUCAUUAAUCAUUAAUUAGUACAUAUUAGUCUUAAAUUUGUACAUCAUUAUCGAUCGACUUAGCUUAUCAUUUAAUUGAAUUUGUAUAAAAGUUUGUACAGAUGUUGUAAAUUAUAAGAAAAAUCUUUAGCCUUAUCCGCUAGUACCUAUCCACUCCUUUCUUAAAAAAAAAUCCUUCAUUUAAUUUAUAGACAAGAGCGGUAUUAUCACUAGUAUUAGCAGCAACAGUGUGAACCAAACUUCGUGCGUUGAUAUUCAGCCGUUAAUUAAAGGCUUACUGGCGGAAGUUGCUCAUCAAAGUUAUCCACCCUCUGGUUUUCCAUCCACUAAAAUUUUUUGAAUUGUAUUUAUCCUCAAAGUGAGUAAUUAAAAUUAUGACUGUUAAUAAAAUAAUAAUUUAA